AGAAAGAGAUCUGUGAACUUCAGAACCCGCAGAGAGAUUUCUCGUCUUAAGGGUUUCACCGGAAAGGGCGUGGCGGUAUGGCGGACAUGGAACAGAACCUCAGCCUGGCCGACGCACUGACCGAGCCCCCUCCCCAAAUCGAGGAAGAGGUGAAGCGCGACUUCAUGGCCACCCUGGAAGCCGAGAAGUUUGACGACGUGAUCGGGGAGAAAGUGGGCAAGACGGAUUACGUCCCUCUGCUCGACGACGACGACGACCCGCAGGCAGGGAACCAGGAGGCGAAAGCCAAACCGCGGGUUGAGAACGUUCCCCGGGAGCGCCCCGCCGCAACAGGACCAGCCUCCGUGGUUGAGAACGGAGAUCAUGGGCUGGAAGGGGCCUCUCAAGAACCUUCCGGAAAAAUCAUGGAGGAACAAAUGUCAUACAAAGAAUUCCUUGAUCACAACGACACGUGGCCGGCGGACGAGAGCAGCCACGCCUUUGAGUCACCGUUCAUAAUGAAGCCGAUGGACGUGGCUGGUCCUUUUGGAACAGACGAAUUUUCUGGAUCACCGUCGCUAGGAUUCACUCAUCCGACGGCCACUGGUUUGGAACUCCUGUCGUUUCUCGACCCGGCGCCAAAUCAGAGCCAAGCAGAGGUCCACCAGGUCUCCAUGGAGGAGCUCAACCCCCCUGAAAAUGAUUCCUACUCCACAGCGUAUAGCCUUCCAGAGGUGGAACAGAGUAUGACCUCAACAGUUCCUCCUGCCUUUGAGGAUGCUGCCCCUCCUACCACGGACCUGCUGAUGGGAUUUGAACCCUCGGUGGACCAAGACUUGCUUCCUCAGGGAGGACCUCAAGCAGGCUUGGUGGAGCCCCCGGUGUCGAAAGAACUAAAAUCAGAAGACGAAGAUAUCAUUGUCCUCACCACCAACAGUUGUCCCACGCUAGAGAAACCAGAAGAAGGGAGCCAGUUCCUCCACACCGUGAAGGAGAAGGAUGGUUUUCUUGGCCAACAGCCAACGGCCAUCAACCUUCCGACCGAAAAAGCAGAGGAGGCCCAGCCAUCACUUCCCUUUCCCGCUCGAGAAGAAGAGAGCCCACGUCCCGUCUUCAACGCAGAAGAUCUUCAUCGACCAACGCCAACCGAACCCGGAGAGCUUCUCCCGUCUCCUGCAGCAGAGUCGAUGGGGCCUGACCUUGGGGAGAAGCCCCACGUGGACUCGCCGGGGCCCUUGGUUGAGGAGUCCACGUUGGCCCAGGUCCAGGAAAUAGCUGCCCUCCCCGUGGAGCCACCUGCAGAAAAGCUGCCUCCAGAACAAGGGGCCUCCAGCCAACGCGGGGCCGAAACCCGCUGCAGCGAAAUCCAAGCCCGGGACGGCUGGUGUCCCCCCCGCCAAGCGGCCGGCUUCGGCCACGCUAGGCCCGAGCAAAAAAGCCACCAGUCCCUCUGCGGCCGGGACUGUGCCCAAGCGCCCGUCGACCGGUGGCACACGGCACUCCAGUUUAACCUCCCGAGAGGUUAAACCAAAGGUAAGCAAAGCUUUUCACAGCGCCUGGAAAUUGCAGAGAGUUGCGUGCCGGGAAUGGUUCCCCCCCCCCCUCUUUUUGGAUAGUGGUCCUUGUAUGCAGAGAACACCUCUGGCGUCUCGGUGAGGGGAUGCUGGCUAGGGAAGAGGCGGCAGAGCCCACCGCUGCAUAACGGGUGGAGAAAGACCCUCAAAGGAAUCUCUCCCUAGUUUCUUGAGGCUGUGUAGAAGGCGGCUUUAAUGAUAGGUCUCCCUCUUGAGCACAGCGGGGGUUGGGCUAGAGGACCUCCAAGGUCCCUCCCAACUCUGCAAUUUUGUCAUUCCGCAAAGGUCUCCCAUUUGAGCACAGGGGGGGUUGGACUAGA